AUGGCUGUGCAGAUCCCCGAUGACUCGGUCUUCUCCUCCUUUAAGGACCAGUGUCUGAGCCCCGACGGCUGGAUCAGCCGCUACAGUAAGGGGGGGGUCACGGUGUGGUGCCAAGCCGAGGAGAGCCGGAACGUGCAGAAACUCAAGAUGAGGAUAGUGUGUAAGGACGUGGCAGCGGAGACGCUGUACGACGUCCUCCAUGACACCAGCUACCGCAGGAAGUGGGACACCAACAUGAUCGAAACGUACGACAUCGGCCGGCUGACCGCCAACGCAGACGUCGGAUAUUACUCCUGGAAGUGUCCGAGUCCUCUAAAGAACCGAGACUUUGUGACGAUGAGAUCUUGGCUUCCUCUCGGCAACGACUACCUGAUCAUCAACUACUCCGUCAAACACCCUCAACAUCCUCCGAAGAAGGACUACGUCCGAGCUGUGUCGCUGCUGACCGGAUACCUGAUCCAGUCCAACGGAGCCGGCUGCUCCACGCUCUACUACCUGACCCAGAUGGACCCCCGAGGAUCGUUACCUAAGUGGGUGGUGAACCGAGUCUCUCAGUUUGUGGCUCCCAAGGCGAUGAGGAAGAUCUACAAGGCGUCCCUAAAGUACCCAGACUGGAAGAGGAAGCACUCUCCGGCCCUAAAGCCCUGGAUGUUCCCGGAGCAGAACUCGCUGCCGAGCAUCAGCGUGGGCGAGCUGACGCUGCAGCGCGGAGACUCUCUGGAGAACAUCGAUGAGAGCGGCGCCGCCGAGGAGAAGACGCAUCACAGCGAAGAUGAAGAGACAUGA